CUCUCCUCUUGAGGAAAGAAGGCCUCAGCAACCAUGAAGCUCCUUAUCCUCACCUGCCUUGUGGCUCUUGCUGUUGCCAGGCCUAUGGUAGAAAAGAUUUCAGAAAGUGAGGAACAUGUCACCGAUGUCCCUGAGAAUGAACAUCGUGUUGAAAUCAACCGCUAUCUUCGACCUGAAUAUGAAAUGAUGAACCUUUAUUAUCAGCCUUUUUAUUGGUCUGAAGAAAUGCAUAACCUCAAGAUGACCAGCCUUCCAAAAGACAGAAGAAUGGCUGUCCUUAAAUCCGUUGUUUCAGAUGACAUGCUUCCUCCUCUUCAGCAUAAAUCCCUAUCUCUUCCUAAGCCAAAAGUCCUGCCUCUCUCUCGCCGACAGAUCCUGCCUCCCCAUACCCUCAAAAUGGUGCCUCUGUCUCACAAACUGUUUACCAUUCCUAAGCGGGAGAUGCUGCCUAUUUCUGAGAGAGAGAGGCUACCUGCUCAUGAGAGAGAAAAUCUGCUUGCUCAUGAGAGGGAGAUUCUCCUUGCUCCUCAAAGAGAGAUGUCACUUAUUCCUGAGAGAGAGAUUCUACUCGCUGCUGAGAGAGUAGUUCUACCUGAACAAGAAAGAGAGAUUCGACCUGAUAAUGAGAGAGAAGUUCUAGCUGUUCACAAGAGAGAGAUCCUGCCUGCUUCUGAGAAAGAGAAGGUUCUGCCUCUUUUCCAGGAGAGAGUUCUGCCUCUUCACCGGAGAGAGAUUGUACCUCCUUAUCAGAGAGACACUAUUGCCCGAAGAGAGAUUUUGCCUGUUGAUCAACGGGAACUCAUGCCUGAAGUGGUGGCUGUUGAUCUCUAUCCAUUCUUUCAACCAGUGGCCAACUUUUAUUACCCCGCUGAGCUGAAUGAGAAGAACUAACAGGAUCGCUCGGGUGACUACAUCCUCCUGGCAUUUGACUGUGACUAGAAAUCCUACUUGUCAUCUCUCAUCUACUUUUUGGUGUUGGAAGUCAGCCCUUUCCUCCUUGCAUCUUCUGGCAUUCUCCAUUUUAAUUGGAAUUUGAAAGAUUCACCAUUUACCAGUUCCCAGAUUCAGAAGGGCCAUCUGGAGUGGCCACUGGGUGAAUUAAGCACCAGAUAUAUUUGCCAAGUUUCUUUCAUAGUCAUUUUGUAAGGACAGUUUCAUGAAGUAUAUUACUUGUUAAUGCCAGGAUGCCUAACAAUUCUGCAUAUGGUCAUCAUCUUUUUUCCAACUCCUACAAUAAAGUAUCCCUGUGGGCACAUUGCA